CAGUCGUAGUCGUGAUCGGUUCACUCUUUAAUUUGAUCGGUUCGGUUUAGCUGGCUCUUUGGUGAACAUUAUUCUUGGAUCGGAUUGUGUGGUACAGCAGCCAUGAGUUGUCCCAUUGGAAACCAUAAUGGGGAUGCCCAAAGCGGUCAACGACUGGGAUCGGAAGCCGGUAUGAUGUACGGCGAAUAUCUAAUGCUCGAUAAACUACUAAGCGCGCAAAGAAUGCUCUCCGUUGAGAGCAACAAACCUGUUCAUGAUGAACAUCUGUUCAUUAUUACUCAUCAAGCCUAUGAGCUGUGGUUUAAACAAAUAAUUUUCGAACUGGACUCCAUUCGUUAUUUAUUCAACACGGAACACAUGGAAGAGUCUAGAACGCUGGAAAUUCUGAAACGUCUCAACCGGGUUGUUAUGAUUCUAAAGCUGCUAGUCGAUCAGGUUCCUAUCCUGGAGACAAUGACACCGCUGGACUUCAUGGAUUUUCGUGACUUUUUGUCACCAGCUUCCGGGUUCCAAAGUUUGCAGUUCCGCUUGUUGGAAAAUAAACUGGGUGUGAAGACCGAGCACCGAGUUAAGUAUAACCAAAAAUACUCGGAAGUUUUCUCUAGUGAUCUAAAGGCUGUGGAAAAACUCACUGCCACCGACACUGAACCUUCCCUGGCUGACCUAGUCCAGAAGUGGCUUGAGCGGACUCCAGGUUUGGAAGUCAACGGUUUCAACUUUUGGGGAAAAUUCGAAGAGAGCGUUGAAAAACUUCUCGCCGAACAAGAGAAAAGUGCUAUGGAAGAAGAACAUGAAAACGUAAAGAACUACCGUCUCAUGGAUAUCGAAAAACGCAGAGAGGUGUACAAGUCAAUCUUCGAUUCGAGCGUUCAUGAAGCAUUUGUUUCUCGUGGUGAUCGUAGAUUCACGCAUCGAGCUUUGCAAGGCGCAAUCAUGAUUACUUUCUACCGUGAUGAGCCCAGGUUUAGCCAACCACAUCAACUUUUGAUGCUACUGAUGGAUAUCGAUUCCCUAAUUACCAAGUGGCGAUACAAUCACGUGAUCAUGGUCCAAAGAAUGAUCGGUUCGCAACAAUUUGGAACUGGUGGUUCGUCAGGAUAUCAAUAUCUGCGAUCCACUCUCAGUGAUCGCUACAAAGUGUUCAUCGAUCUGUUCAACUUGUCAACAUUUUUGAUUCCGCGUAGUUCGAUUCCUCCACUUACCAAUGAAAUGCAGAAAGCACUGAAUCUCGCUUGGGGAUCGCCAGUACACCAGGUUAAGCAAGGGAACGGCGUGGCAAACACAAAUUAACCCACAAUGCAGGCAGUCGCUCGGGUACAUCAGGUUGUUUAUCAAAUUUGAAGAAGAUUAAAGUGAUAACGAGAAACUGAUUCUGCAGAAAAUAAAGCACUUUGAUAAACAAA